AUGUCUUUCAACAAGGACUUCGAAUUUCCCCCACUAGGCAACUCCGUCCUAGCUGCUGUUAUCAACAGAGCCCUUAACCAAACCUUUGACUAUGUCAUUGUUGGUGGGGGUACUGCUGGUCUAGUAUUGGCAAACCGUCUCACUGAGGACUCAGGUGUGACAGUUGCUGUUGUCGAGGCUGGCACAUUCCCUGAAGACGUUGUGGGAAACGUAACUCAAGUUCCUGCGUACGCUCCUCAAUUUGCGGGUGCCGAGACUGAUCUUGAAUGGAACUUCACAACUAUUCCUCAACCUGCGUUGGGUAACAUUCCCGUAUCUUAUUAUCGAGCAAAAGCUUUGGGUGGUUGCAGUGAUAUAAACUUUAUGGCGUACGGCCGUACGUCGAAGGGUACUCAUCAGUAUUGGGCCGACCUUGUAGGCGAUGAGUCGUACACAUACGACAACAUGGUCAAAUACUACAAGAAAACCAUGAACUUCUCUCCCCCGAAGCCUGACACUCGUUUGGCCAAUGCUACUCCUGUUUACAAUGCUGAUGACACAUCAACUGGAGGUGGAAUUGACGUCACGUUCCCUUCAUUCGCUCAAAGCUGGAGUACUUGGGUUGCUAAGGGGCUUGCAUCUAUUGGACUAUCUCAGGCCCAAGGUUUCAUCGACGGCAAUCUUCUAGGACACUCGUGGCAGAUGACUGCUAUCACCCAAUCUACUGGUAUCCGUUCCUCUGCACAGGCUGGAUAUCUACGCCCAGUUAUGAGUCGGCCUAAUCUUACCAUCUUGAACGGAACCUUCGCUGAGCGCAUCAUCUUUAACGGGGAUGCAGCGGUAGGCGUAGAGGUUACAUCAAAAGGACAGACUUACACCCUUACCACUACGAAGGAGCUUGUCCUCUCCGCUGGAGUCUUCCAAUCGCCACAGCUUCUAAUGGUGUCCGGUGUUGGUCCUAAAGCACUGCUCGAACAGUUCAACAUCCCCGUCGUGAAAGACCUUCCGGGUGUUGGUCAAAAUCUGAUUGAUCAUAUUACGGUGCCGCUUUCUUACCAGGUCAACGUAGUCACUUCCUCGUCAAUGGGAGGAGCUGUCUUAGACGAUGCUAUUGCCGAAUGGAAUAACCAUGGAACUGGCCCGCUCUCAAACAACGGAGGUGACUACAUUGGAAUGGAGAAAGCACCGGCCGAGUUCAGAGCAAACUACUCCGCUGAAGUAAUUGAGCAAUUAUCUGCACUCCCUGCAGACUGGCCCGAGCUGCAAUACAACGUGCUCCCUGCAACCGUCUCAAGCACAUCCAUUGGCGGCGUAGGUUCGGUACUCGGGGCAAACUACGGUAGCAUGCUUGCAUCGGUUAUUGCGCCGCAAUCCAGGGGCAAUGUAUCAAUCGCUUCCGCUCGCAUGAGCGACGCCCCACUCAUCAACCCCAACAUCUUCACUGCACAGGCCGACAUCGAUCUGCUGCUCACUGCAUUCAAGCGCGUGCGCCAGAUCCUGCAAUCCUCCGCUAUGGCACCGAUCAUGAUUGGCGGCGAGUUCUUCCCCGGUCCAACCGUGCAGACUGACGAGCAGAUCAUGGCCUACCUCACUGAAACCGUCCGUCCAUUCUCCCAUGGAUUCGCCACGUGCAAGAUGGGCAGCGCUUCCGAUCCUGAGGCUGUCGUCGAUAGCCACGGCAAGGUAUAUGGAAUUAAGAACUUAAGAGUGAUCGACGCUUCAUCUUUCCCAUUCCUACCACCUGGACCAGCUCCUCAGAUCCAAGUUUACACUCUUGCCGAAAAGCUUGCCGAUGACAUCAAGCAGACGAGCUACUAGAUAAACAUAUC